AUGUCUUCCAAGAAGCAAGUAUCACCGUGGCAGUCAAUCCUCGCUGGAGGCGCUUCCGGUGGAAUUGAAAGCCUUGUUACUUAUCCUACAGAAUAUGUGAAAACCCGCCAACAGCUUCUGCAACCUGGAAACUUAUCAAACCAGUCGAUCGUACAACUCUUUACUUCCACGAUCCGUCAAAGUGGCUUUCGAGCACUCUACACCGGCGGUGGAGUCUUCUGUGCCUCUAAUGCAUCCAAAUCAGCCAUCCGCUUCUUCACUUUCGACUUCGUCCGCCGAUCUAUGCCGACCGAUGCAGCUGGUAAGAUGACACCACUGGGAACUAUGGGCGCCGGACUCAUGGCAGGUGUGGCAGAGGCAGUUAUUGUGGUUACGCCGGGUGAAACAAUCAAGACCAAAAUGAUUGAUGAUCGUGCUGGACCGAGACUGUAUAGGUCAACUGGGCAUGGUGUUGUCUCGAUUGUCGCGCAAGAUGGGUUGCGCGGGCUAUACCGUGGUGUCAUUCCCGUUACCUUAAAGCAGGCUUCCAAUGCUAUGGUGAGAUUCACGAGCUAUGGCAUUCUCUUGCGCCAGAUGGAAGCUAUGUCUGUGCCAACGCCCAUUAGAACGGUUGCGGCAGGGGCAUUAGCAGGUGUUGUCACCGUGUAUACUACCAUGCCGUUUGAUUCAAUCAAGACGCGUCUCCAGGCCGUCGCUGGCAGCCAGAAAUAUCGGGGUUCUUAUGACUGUGUGCGAUCAGUGAUCACGCAGGAAGGUGUUUCUGCAUUGUGGAGAGGAACGACACCGCGGUUGAUUCGUCUAAGUGUGUCUGGAGCUCUGAGCUUUUCAAUUUAUGGACUCGGCGUCUUCCCCACAGAAAAACUCCCGUUCGCAUCUCCCUACUAUCGCCCCCAGCUCACGUCUGAUAAUGCCUCGCAAUAUAUUCAGGGGCUCUUAGCACCGGAAAGGCUCUGCACACAGACAAUGGCUCCUGAAGAAAACACUGGCGCCGCUGCACCGCCCAGGAAGGUCCGCUCGGCAUGUCGCCGAUGUCGCCAGAAGCGCGUCAAAGUGGGUGCUCCUCUCAACGAUGAUACAACCCUGAUAUUGACAGGGCCAGUGUGA